ACUCUCUGCCAUUGUUGAUAGGCGAUGUCUGUUUUCUCGCUCUCUCUUUCUCUCCCACCCUUUCUGCUCAGCAAGGAAAUCUCUAACCGGUGACUCGCUGCUUCCCUAUUCAUCUCCCUCUAUAUGUAUCUCUAUCUCUCUCCCUCGCAUUCCCUCAGUCUUUUUCUGCUCGUGUCAUGCUUUGUGAUAUGAGGCAGGGAUCAUUGAGUGUGUGUGAGCUCCGUCUCUGCUGCAGUAUCCUGGGUCUCUGUUUGACAGAGAGACUGUGAGCUCCUGCUACUACCCCUGCAAGGAGCACUUUAGGUGGGGGAAUAUCACAUCCAGAGAGGGGGUCCUCUGGAGCAGAGACAGCAGUCCCAGGACAGAACAGACAGACAGAGACAACUGUGGACUGAAGAGGAACAAAAGAAGAGAUCAAGAAGAGAGCAUAUUUCUGCCUUUCAUGUUUUGUGUUGUGAGAAACGAAGGGAGAUAAGAGGGGAGGAAAGGAGGGAAGAGGGCGUACUCCUGAGGUACAAGGAUCCCAGGAGGUUUUGGCAAGGGGGCGAGGGGUCUACAGGAAGAGGGUCAAGACUGAAAAGGACACAGGGUUUUAACUGAGAUCAAAGACAAGCAGGACAAAAAGAGAGUUAUAAAACGAGUGAAGUGUGAAGGAGAGGUAGCGGUGUUCGCUCAGUCUGACGAGUUGGAGAUGGUCUCGAGGGGGUCGUGGUGAGAAUGGGGGGGGUGUGCUAACCAGGUGAAGACUGGUCUGUGAGGAAGAAGAAGAGGACAGGAGGUCUCUAGUUGAGGCAGUUUGGUCAUUUUACCUGGUUUACUUCAGUCAGUCUACAGGACCCCAUCAUGGCAGUCCAACUCAUGCCCGAAUCAGCCGUCUGUCUGCUUAUGAUGACAGAGGGGAGGCGAUGUCAGGUCCAUCUCCUGGACGACAGGAAGCUGGAGCUCCUCGUACAGCCCAAGUUGAUGGCCAAGGACCUGUUAGAUCUGGUGGCCUCCCACUUCAACCUGAAGGAGAAGGAAUACUUUGGGAUCUCCUACACAGACGAAACGGGUCAUUUCAGCUGGCUGCAGUUGGACCGGAGGGUUCUAGAACACGAGUUCCCCAAGAAGUCUGGACCCAUCGUCCUAUACUUCUGUGUCAGGUUUUACAUAGAGAGUAUUUCCUACCUGAAGGACAAUGCUACUAUCGAACUCUUCUUCCUCAAUGCUAAGUCCUGCAUAUACAAGGAGCUCAUUGAGGUGGACAGUGAGGUGGUCUUUGAGCUGGCCUCCUAUAUCCUACAGGAGGCUAAAGGUGACUUCAUCAGUAAUGAAGUGACAAGGUCAGACCUGAAGAAGCUUCCAGCUUUGCCGACUCAGGCCCUGAAGGAACACCCAUCUCUGGCCUACUGUGAGGACCGGGUGAUAGAACACUACAAGAAGCUCAAUGGACAGUCCAGAGGGCAGGCCAUAGUCAAUUAUAUGAGCAUCGCUGAGUCGCUACCUACAUAUGGAGUACAUUACUACACUGUUAAGGAUAAGCAGGGAAUUCCGUGGUGGCUGGGACUGAGUUAUAAAGGAAUCUUCCAGUAUGACUACCAAGACAAGGUCAAACCCAGGAAGGUGUUCCAAUGGCGUCAGCUGGAGAACCUCUACUUCAGAGAGAAGAAGUUCUCAGUGGAAGUUCACGACCCCAGGAGUAGGGCGUCGGUGACCAGAAGGACGUUUGGCCACAGUGGUAUAGCUGUCCACACCUGGUACGCCUGCCCUGCUCUCAUUAAGUCUAUCUGGGCCAUGGCCAUCAGCCAACACCAGUUCUACCUGGACCGCAAGCAAAGCAAGUCUAAGAUCCAUGCGGCUCGUAGUCUCAGUGAGAUAGCCAUCGACCUGACAGAGACUGGCACUCUGAAGACAUCUAAACUGGCCAACAUGGGCAGCAAGGGCAAGAUCAUCAGUGGCAGCUCUGGCAGUCUGCUCUCCUCAGGUUCCCAGGAGUCGGACAGUUCUCAGACAGCUAAGAAAGACAUGCUGGCAGCCCUGAGGGCCAGACAGGAGGCUCUGGAGGAGACUCUCAAACAAAGAUUAGAGGACCUCAAGAACAUCUGUAUCAGAGAGGCGGAAUUGACAGGGAAGCUGCCUAAGGAGUAUCCAUUGGAUCCAGGGGAGGAGCCUCCGACGGUCAGAAGGAAGAUUGGCACUGCCUUCAAACUGGACGAACACAAGAUCCUGCCUAAAGGAGAGGAGGAGGAGCUAGAGCGUCUAGAAAGGGAGUUUGCCAUCCAAUCCCAGAUCACGGAGGCUGCGAGGCGUCUGGCCAGCGAUCCGCACGUGAGCAGUAAGAAGCUGAAAAAACAGAGGAAGACGUCGUACCUGAACGCGCUGAAGAAACUCCAGGAGAUAGAGAACGCCAUCAACGAACACCGUGUCCGCUCUGGAAAGAAACCCACGCAACGCGCUUCGCUUAUCAUAGAGGAGGCCAACAUCGGCUCAGAGGACAGCUCUCUGUCUGACGCUCUGGUCCUAGACGACGAUGACCCCCAGAUGACAGGGACCCCCACCUUCUCUCCGGCAGCGUCUCCCCAUAAGGGCCUCCCUCCCCGGCCUCCCUCCCACAGCCGGCCCCCUCCCCCCCAGUCUCUAGAUGGCCUCAGCCACCUGCACUACUCUCACUCCGAAUACGACAAGUCCCCCAUCAAACCCAAGAUGUGGAGCGAGUCCUCGCUGGACGAACCCUAUGAGAGGGUCAAGAAACGCUCUUCACACUCCAAUCACAGGCGGUUACCCGGCUCUGGUAGUUGUGCGGAGGCAGGAGGCAGUAACUCUCUGCAGAGUAGCCCCAUCAGGAGUGUUCCUCACUGGAGCCCCCAGUCCAGCAUGCCCUCCACCCCCGACCUGAGGAACAGGACCCCUCACUACGUACACUCCACCAGGUCUGUGGACAUCAGUCCCACCCAUCUUCACAGUCUGGUUCAGCACUUUAGGAACCGCAGCUCCAGCCUGGAAUCUCAGGGCAAGCUACUGGCCUCCGACCCCGACACACACACUCACACACACACCCUGGGAGCCCCGGGCAGCCCUGACAUCUUCCUGGCCCCGGGGACUCGCAGCUCCAACGGCUCGGACCCGCUGGAUGACUGUUCGUCCUGUACCUCCCAGAGCAGCUCAGAACACUACUAUCCUGGGGUAGCUCCAGGCUCCAACCCAAACUACUCCACCCUAGGAGAGGACUCCCCUUCCAAAGCCAGGCAGAGACAGAGACAGAGACAGAGGCACAGGUCUGCAGGUCACCUUGGUUCCUCUAACUCUGGCUCCAUGCCCAACCUUGCAGCCAAGAACGGUUCAGGGUGCGGUGGUACGGGGGGGGCAGGGACUGGGUCAGGGCACCACGGGGUGUACCUCCACAGCCAGAGCCAGCCCUCGUCCCAGUACCGGAUUAAAGAGUACCCCCUGUACGUAGAGGGAAGCCCCAACCCGGUGGUGGUGCGCAGCCUGGAGAGUGACCAGGAGGGCCACUACAGUGUCAAGGCCCAGUUCAAAACCUCCAGCUCCUACACAGCCGGGGGCCUCUACAAGGAGACCUGGGGGGGUGAGGAGGGGGGAGAGGGGAGCAGCAGACUCACCCCGUCCCGCUCCCAGAUCGUACGGACUCCCUCACUGGGUCGAGAGGGGGGAGGAGGGGGGAGGGCGGUGGUGACAGAUGAGUUGAGGUGUUGGUACCAGCGCUCUACGGGCAGUGUAAAGGAGAGGAGUCACUCCGGCUCCAACACGUCGGACAGCGGCUCGCUGCAAGGCACACUGGGACUCGGACGAGGGAGCAGGGUGGGGACGCUCGCCAAGGGAUCACCAGCGUCCCCUCACAGCCCGAGGAGUGGGACUCCCUCUAGUGAACAGGCCGCAACACCCACGCCCCCCUGCAGCCCACAACACAUCCUCAACUGGCAGAGCGGGUCAUUCAAUGAUAGUUGUUUUCUCAGCAGUCCUCUGUGUUCAGAGCUGGCAGAUGUCCAGUGGUACGGACACGACAAGGCCAAACCUGGAACCCUGGUCUGACCUACUGACCACCACCCAACACCUACUGACCCUCAACACUGACCCUUACUGCCUCCACCAACCUCUCCUCUAGCCCUGACUAGACUGGCCUCAUCAUGGACAGGAAACCCUCCUCCAUCCCUCCCUUUGUCCAUCUUUCCCUUUAUCAUUUGAUGUGCAUAUCAAGCUUGGUUGAGCUGGGGUUUAUAGGAAGGACAUGUCCAACUGGGCAGGACUAUUGCUGUGGAACAGCCAAACAGAGCCGCUGAAUGAUCGUGAACUCUGACCUUUAAUCCCUGACCCUGCUUCAGUCUGAGCCCCAGGGAGACCAGGAGUGGGAAAGGGGGGAGGUGGGGGGGAAAGAGCACACACACAACCUCCUGCCCAGACUACACGGCCCUCAGGCCCUGACUUAUAUCUACCCCUGACCCCAGUGUGUUGCCAGUCAAUCAGAGGAUACCUGCAAGAUGAAAUGUGUUUUGGCUCAUAUUCUGGGCCUGUGUGUGUACGCUGGAUCUGCUAGGUUAAUUUCAUUGUUGAAGUCUUUGUUUAUUUCUCUGUAUCGUUUUGUACAAAAAAGUGAAAAUAUUGCUUGGGAGAGACUCAAUUACUUUUUCACCCUUUAGGAAAAUUGCAGAGCAGAUUAUUGGAGAAUUCUAGAUCAUCUGAAAGACAAACGUACAAACAUUCCCAACAAUUAUAAUCCCAAUCCCAACUAUCUAUCCCACAACCAAAGAUCCACCUGACUGACCAAUGGCACCAGUCCCAUGGACACACUGGGAACACUGGUUUAUCAUACUGGAAGUUACACCCCACAUACUGGGAGUUCUCAGAGGAACUGAAAGACUGGUCAAUUCUACUGGGAUCCUGCUGGGAGUUCUGACCACAUCUAUUGGGAUGUCAGUCAUCUGAAUUGGGAGUGUACAACAGCCAGCCAGACUGAUCGACUAGUCUCUGGUACUAGGACGAUCCACACUGCUACUGAGCAGUGAGCUCCUAGACUUGGAUGUUUUGCCACUAUGCUGGGGCACUGUGCUCAGCUGUACUGGGAGAUUAUGGGCGGACUGGGGGCCCUGCACAGCCAGACCCCAGACAGACAGGGACAGACUGGGGGCCCUGCACAGCCAGACCAGAGACAGACAGGGACGGAAUGGGGGCCCUACACAGCCAGACCAGAGACAGACAGGGACAGACUGGGGGCCACAGACACUUCUUCAGGGUUUGGGUCCUGGAGAGCCAGAAUAUGCUAGGAAUCUCUUGCUUAAAGCUAAUGUCUUGAGUUUGGGUGAAACUGUAGCUAUGUGUGUAGUAGUUUUGGGUUGAAUUGGAAUUAAGACCACAUGUAGUUUUGUGGGUUUAUAUCCAAACAUAUCUACAGGCUUUCGGUGGUCUAUUUCAUCUGGCUCCUCCCCUUCAUUUGACUUUCUGGUGAGAGGUGAACGCUGAUUGGAUGUUUAGGGCUGUGUGGAGCUGUCAAUCACACAGUUGUAGCGAAGGGCACACACCUCCCUCACUGUCGAGCUGUGCAUAUGAUGAGAUUGGUGAGAUACUAAACACUUCUCCAUGCGUUGUGACAUCAUAUACCUGACUGUCUGUGCAGUCCUGGGUUAAAAAACGGGAUGCAACCCAUGUUUAAGGACCAGUCUGUCUGUGUGACGUCAAUCUGUCAGUCUGUCUGUCUGUCCAACCCCAAGAUUGGUCAUUGUCUCAGACACCAGUGUAUUAUAUUUGUGGGUUCAUAUUUAGAUAAAGCAUGAGACCUGUAAACUCCAGAGGGUCCUCAUUUGUACAGGUCAUUAUCUCAGGCUAUGCUCGCUCUGCCUAAUAUCUAUCAACCGGUCAGAACACACACACAUUAUUUUCUCAGUGGUGCCAUCUAUGUCUGUACUCUAACCCAGCACUGAAAACCAGGGGCGCUACUUUCACGGGGGGGACACAUUCUGAAAUUGCAUUUGUCACAGUUUUAUCAUUGGAAUGUGAUACAAAACUAGGCAUGGGUGUGCUUUAGGACCAUGCGGACGCCUUCGAGCGGUCGGUUAGACUGUUUGGAAUGUUAAUAAUAAUAAUAAUAUGUCCCCCCCACUUCUUAAACCAAAGUCGCGCCCCUGCUGAAAACAGCCGCUCACUAAAACUACAAACCAUAUAACUACAAAUCCCACAGGGCCCAGUUCCUAGUCUAGCAGAGGAAGUGUCUGCUGUAUAGAGAUCCUGCUUCCCAGAGCCAAAUGAACAGCAGGAAGAGGUUUAUACACCAAUCAGAGAGAUGUUAAGUAUUCAAUCUAAGUUUUGAUACCAGAGCACAACAUACACAGUUAAACACAAUAUAUGAAAACUAUGGGCUCCCGAGUGGCGCGGCGGUCUAAGACACUGCAUCUCAGUGCAAGAGGUGUCACUACAGUCCCUGGUUUGAAUCCAGGCUGUAUCACAUCCGGCAAUGAUUGGGAGUUCCAUAGGGAGGUGCACAAUUGGCCCGGGGUAGGCCGUCAUUGUAAAUAAGAAUUUGUUCUUAACUGACUUGCCUAGUUGUUUUAUAUAUAAACUAUAGGCCUAUAAUAUACAGAACCAGUUUUCAUCUAGUUCUCCUAAUGACUUUUUGAUACAUAUAAGGGGAUUAAGAACAUCUGCAUAACAACACAUUCAUGGUGUAAGAGUAAAUCCAGACUUAAUAUAAAAAACACACACACAUCUAGUAUCGAAAUAAUGUCACACCAGAAUCAAACAGGGUGUUUAUAUUAUCGUGCUUCUAUAAAUACACUGAACAAAAAUAUAAAUACAACAUGUAAAGUGUUGGUUCCUUGUUUCAUGAGCUGAAAUAAAAGAUCCCAGAAAUGUUCCAUAUGCACAAAAAGCUUAUUUCUCUCAAAUGUUGUUCACCAAUGUGUUUAUAUCCCUGUUAGUGAGCAUUUCUCCUUUGCCAAGAUAAUCCAUCCACCUGACAGGUGUGGCAUAUCAAGAAGCUGAUUAAACAGCAUGACCAUUACACAGGUGCACCUUGUGCUGGGGACAAUAAAAGGCCACUCUAAAAUGUGUAAUUUUGUCACACACCACAAUGCCACAGAUGUCUCAAGUUUUGAGGGAGCAUUCAAUUGGCAUGCUGAAUGCAGGAAUGUCCACCAGCACUGUUGCCAGAUAAUUUUAUGUUCAUUUCUCUACGAUAAGCCGCUUCCAACGUUGUUUUAGAGAAUCUGGCGGCACGUCCAACUGGCCUCACAACCGCAGACCACGUGUAUGGCGUCUUAUGGGAAAGCAGUUUGCUGAUGUCAUUAUUGUGAACAGAGUGCCCCAUGGGGGCGGUGAGAUUAUGGUAUGGGAAGGCAUAAACUACGGAUAACGAACACAAUUGCAUUUUAUCAAUGGUCAUUUAAAUGCACAGAGAUCCCGUGACGAGAUCCUGAGGCCCAUUGUCGUGCCAUUCAUCCACCGCCAUCACCUCAUGUUUCAGCAUGAUAAUGCACGGCCCAGUGUGGCACAGAUCUGUACACAAUUCCUGGAAGCUGAAUAUGUCCCAGUUCUUCCAUGGCCUGCCUACUCACCAAAUAUGUCACCCAUUGAGAAUGUUUGGGAUGAUCUGGAUCGACGUGUAUGACAGUGUUCCAGUUCCCGCCAAUAUCCAGCAACAUCGCACAUCCAUUGAAGAGGAGUGGGACAACAUUCAAAGGCCACAAUCAACAGCCUGUUCAACUCUAUGCUAAGGAGAUGUGUUGCGCUGCUUGAGGCAAAUGCUGGUCACACCAGAUACUGACUUGUUUUCUGAUCCACGCCCAUGCCUUUUUUUUAAGGUGUCUGUGACCAACAAAUGCACAUCUGUAUUCCCAGUCAUGUGAAAUGAAUAGAUUAGGACCUAAUGCAUUUAUUUAAAUGGGCUAAUUUCCUUAUAUGAACUGUAACUCAGUAAAAUCUUUGAAAUUGUUGCAUGUUGCAUUUAUAUUUUUGUUCAGUAUAGAUGAUGUCAUCAAUGAACUCUGAACUUUGACAUUGGUUUAGUAAGUGAGGCCAUCAGCGUAUCCCGCGGUAACAGGGCUGUGACACAGCGAGAAGUUAUAGCCAUACCCUUGAACCCCUACAUUUAAUUUCUAGAUUCCAUACACCUCUUGCUUAUGUAGACCGACACAUAGACCAACUCUUGUUACAAGCAAAUUCUAAAACAAGUAUUUUAAAGCACACCUUAUGGUUUUGUACUGGGGAAAAGAAACCUUUGCCUAACAUUGUUGUAAUGCUGUAAGUGGACAGUCGUUAUUGUGUGUACAAAAACCCAAACAAAACAAUUCAUUGCGGUCUCUCAAGCACAUGUAUGCCUGUGCUUUGUACAGGGUUUAUAUCCUCCAUUGAAUCUAAAAAAAAACACAAAUAUAAAAUAUGGUUUAAAGGUUGCACAAAAUCUUACCCUGUCAGAUUAGUUGAACUUGUACCAUGCAGCAUGGUGGACCUAAAAUUCCUUCCGUUUGUAGGAGUUUUACGGCCCCCUCCCCAACCCUGCCACACUACAAGGUGUCCUGGUAAAAUGCUGUGUUUUUUAUGAACAUUGACCUCUCCUGUAGUUCACCUCCUGAGAAUCACUGGGGAACUGCAUUCUGCCAUCAGCUAUGCUAUGCUAAGGCUUGUUAGCCUGUCCAUUCCCACUGAAUGAGCCACCUCUGCUAGCUCACACCAUACCAUGCAUGCUCCGUGGUUCCCGAAACAAACAAAAAGGAACAAAUAUACCCAAAACAUGAGCAGUCCAUGUGGUAAGACCAUCCCUCUCCCCUCACCUUUUCCUCCUAAACAGAGAAGCAUUCCUGUAUCCAUGACAACACCCAGUUUGACCUUUGACUCCUAACCCCUGUGGUAAUCUCUGACCUCUGAGCCCAAUGUGACGCUGUGUGUUGUACCCUCUUCUAUAGCCCCCCCUAUGCCCAUACUGUCUGUACCCCCUACGCCCAUACUGUCUGUACCCCCUACGCCCAUACUGCCUGUACUCCCUACGCCCAUACUGUCUGUACUCCCUACGCUCAUACUGUCUGUACCCACUACGCCCAUACUGUCUGUACUCCCUACGCCCAUACUGUCUGUACCCCCUACGCCCAUACUGUCUGUACUCCCUACGCCCAUACUGUCUGUACUCCAUAGGAACAUAAAACAUUUUUAUAGUUAAAGAAGAUUAAACUAACUAUUUUAUCAACCUCUUUCCUGUACAUGCUGUACGGAGGGGCACUGUAAGCCUAUGUGGAGUUUCUAACAUUGUUUAACCUCUGUUUCUUUUUUUCUUUUUCAAGUUCUGACAUAGUAAGAAUCCUUUCAGGUGCUACAUGAUGACCAGUUACUGCUUUUUGUCACAUAGGAUAUAGACUCUCCUCAUUGUUGUCAAUAGUUUUAAUACCAGUAGUGCAGAAUGGAAACCGUUCCUUUAGGCACCAGUUCAGUAAGACACCACUCCACCAGACCAUAGAGCAUGUAACAUGAUUUGAUUUGUUCUCUUCAACGUUAACCUGACAAAAAGGUGUUGUAGGAAAAAAACGAUGUGGAAUUCACACAAAAAAAGACAGAAUUCAACAGUUAAUUUAUUAUUUUUUCUAUUAAGAAUUUGUAUAGUAACUGUACAUUUUUCUAAAUGGUGUUGUUGGAAACUAAUGAUGAAAUGUCCAGAUGAGAAGACUUGGUGGUUAUUGAGAUUAGGAAAAUAAAUUAUUGCUGAAUGUUCUCAA